GCUCUUGCGAGCAGCGCCGGAGGGUGAAGAGAGCGGUAGUGUCCCGGUAGUGGUGUGUCAACGACCAUUCUCAGCCGAUGGCCUCGUUUCGCUCCUAGAGAUAUACAUCCCACCUUCGCCCACCGUCGUCGCGUGGUGACGUUUUCAUCCCCGGAUAUGCCGAGGCAUGCGUCGUAAAAAUCCCGGGAUUGAUGUAUCGCAGUGCGCAGAUCUGCAUUUACUACCUGCUAUGCAUAGCAGCGGCGGACUUGACGUUUACCUCCGAUCUGGAGAUGACCACGACGGAGAGUUCGGAAUGUCGUGUACAAAAGUGUUUUUGUCUUUCUCCGAAGCAGGUAAUCUGCAAUGUAGGCGGUCUCAAGGACAUACCGACGCAGGACCUGUCCGAGACGAUCGAGGAUCUGUCGUUGACGAAGAACAACUUCCCGGUGAUAAAGGGCGACGCGUUCAAACACCUCAAGAUGCUGCGUAAGCUCACCCUGGACGGGAACAACAUCACGUCCAUACGGCCGUUCGCGUUUCGCGGUCUGAGCCGUUUGCGCGAGCUGUCGAUUCAGAACACGCCGUUGCCGUACAUCGAGAAGUUCUCGUUCGCCGCGCUGCAGAACAUCUCGGUGCUGCUGCUGGCGAACAACAAGAUCCGUUACGUCGAGGGUAACUCGUUCGCCGGCACCUCCAACGUGAAUGUGAUUUUGCUGAGCAAUAAUCCGCUCCAGACGAUCCACAGUCACGCUUUUGCCGGCCUCACCAACGUCAACAAUCUCAUCCUGCCGUCCGGUAUACGCACAAUCGAGCAGGACGCGUUCGAGGGCCUGCAGCACGUCGGUCAGCUCAAGCUCAGCUACAUGGAUCUGUCCGAGCUGCAGGCGUACACGUUCCGCGGUCUGUCGUACGUGCGCUCGCUCUUCAUUCAGGAGAGCGAUCUCGGCGUGAUGCGUAAGGACGCAUUCGCCGGUCUCACUCACGUGGACAACCUGAACAUGCUCAACAACAAGAUCGAUCUGAUCGAGCGUCUACAUCUGCGCUCCGACAGCUACGUCGAGAUACUGCGGUUCCGCGGUAACCACGUGCUGGAGGCACCGCGUCACGCACGAGACGUGAUCCUCGAGGUGAGCUCGAUCAGCGCGAUCGAUAAUCACUUUCCGUGCGACUGCCAGGCGCACAACGUCCUCGAGAGCGACUUCGCGCGCGGCGACAGCGUCGAGUUUCAGCGUCGCAACUACUGUAUCUCGCCGUUCGAGUACAACGGCAAGCCCAUGAACGUCGUCGACUUCGAUCUGGUCGCGCGAUGCCACGACAACGUCAUUCAGGACAAUCUGGGCUCGGGUGUCGUCGAGGUGUCGUCGCGCCUGUCUUUGCUGUUAAUCGCCUUCCUGCUCUCGACGAACUUCUUUCGAUGAGCGCGUUUUCUCUUUUUCUCUCUCCCUCCCUUUCUCACUCUCUUUCCAACUAGUUUUUCAAUGCUCGUCCUUAACUCCUUGUUGUUAGAAGUGGCUACAAAAGAAGGAGAACAGGUCAGAGUUUUCUGCGCGCGCGCGCGCGCGCGCUUUCCAGCGCUCUGUUGUGUACGGUUUAUCGGGAUCCUUUUUGGUCUUCUUCUUUUUUUUUUUUUUUUGGUUUUCGUAGCGGAGUCUUCCUGACGCGCGAUAAAGAAAGCAACAAAAGAAAUAUCUCGCGUGCACGUUUACGUUAACCGUAUCGCAAUCUCGCAUUGUGGAAAGCGCUGUAUCGAUCUUUCUACUCUUACAAUGACUUCCCUGCGAUAUUCUGCUCGAAAGUCGGAAAAAAAAAAGAUCAAUUCGUGAGAGAGACGUUGUAGACUCUGACUAUACGAAUGAAAUUUAUCCAUUUACGAAAUUAUAGUUGAUAGACAAAAGUUUAUUCUCUAUAAAUAAUGUGUGAAAAGUGAGCUCAAUGAAAGAUAUUAUUGAAUUCUAUUGCAUUUGCAAUGUAAAUCUAUAUAUUGUAUAUUCAUAAUUUCUAGAAUUAUAAAACGGAAGCAAAGAUCUAAUUUUAGAUUCCAUACACAACACUAUUGUUUUUCGAUUAUUAUCGAACGUUCCACAAGAUUCUUUAAACUUUUUUAAUUGCAUUUUGCCACUUACUUCUUAGAAUUGUUUUUUUUGUAUUUUAUUUCGAACUAGAGAUUGUGCAAAGAGAAAAAGUAAAAUAAUUCAUUCUCUUCAAUUUUCGAAUGUGAUAAAUAUGAAAUCCUCGCGGAAAAUAAUCUUUCUCGUUCCGAGAAGUUUAAGUAUAUUUAUAAGAGAGCUUUUUGUAGAUUUUUAUGAACGGUAGAAUUGCUCGUUAUUUAAAAUAAUCACAAAAAAUAUCGCUAUCGAAAAAGUAUAUAAAGUUAGAGCGCUGCGAAGAAAACCAGCAAUAAAAAAAAGUUAUUAUUAAAUACUUAUUCACAAUAUCACGCAUUCUCUUUACGCAUAUAAUGUUGCAUAUGAUGCAUUGAAAACAUUGUGUAAGCAAAGGUUUCGUUUAUUGUGUGUAAAAAAAAACAAAAAAAAACAAAAAAACAAAAAAAAAACAAAACAAAACUGCCACACAGCCGCACGAAAAAGACGGCUGAUUAUUAAACGCCAAAUACAUAUCCUUUCUCGUAUACAUGAAAGUGAACGAAAACGUGAUUUUACAUAUCGAAGAAAAAAAUCGUUUACAGCGUUCGAUAUUUGUUCUUGUGAAAAAAAAAAAAUGUAAAUCUAUAUAUUGUAUAUUCAUUAUAUAAAAAAAAAAACAUCCGAAAUUUUGCAAUGAUCAGAGUUAUUAACAUUAGUGACACAUAUUAUAAAGUUAUUAUAUAUAUAUAAAGUGUUACAUUUUUUACAUAUAUAAUUGUUUAUUGUUAGAAAUCGAUUUAUUAAUUUUAUCAGGUUAUUUUGAGCCAUCGUAUCUUCUAUUUUUCACAUGUUUUGUGUGUCGAAAUACGAUUUCUCACCGCUGAUCGACUUUUCAUUAAACUUAUUAAACGUACGUAUAAACCUCAAUUUAUACGUUUAAUAAUGUUUCGAUAACGCGGUCCUGUAGAUAUAACGUAUACACUAUUAUUCUAACGUAUGUGUAAACAUCAAUUUACGUUUAAUAAUGUUUAACGCGGGCCUGAACGUAAUGUAUACCACAUUCGCGCGAUCAAUCAUGAUGAUUAAUUCGUUGCGAAUUCAAUCGCAAGUAUGUAUAAUAUUUCGCGUUAAAGCACGUCUACACGAGCUUUACCUGGCCACGAACUUGACCAGUUUGAGAAAGCGCGUUAGUUAGUUUCGUCACUUCUCCGAUCAACUCUGUCGCCGGGAAUAACCAACAGCUCGAGAUUUCGAAAACUGUAAAAAGUUGUAGUUUCAAACACAAUCUAAUAUUAUUUUUCAUUUCCAUAUUCUUUCAAAUUUCUCAGGAAAAAAAUCGAAACCACAUUUUUCUCGCGAUCAAUUUGUUUUUCUCCAAUUACGAAUUGUUUCGUGUGAAAUAUGUAAGUUUUAUUGCUGUGCACAAAUAAUAAAAUAAUGCACAAACAAUAAAGUAAUUUUAUGUACAUUAUCUGUCUUAGAUGCGAUAAAAUAAAAAUAAUAAAGUGUGACAGCUCUGCUAAAGAAAUUAGAUUACGGAUAAUCAAUAUUAUCUUAGCCGAUUAAAUUAAUCGGGGAUGGUGAAACUGAGGCUUCUUAGACUUUGCGCUCCAAUAAGCCAGAUACUUUUCGUAAACAACGUUUUAUAGAAGCGAAAAUAUCGAUUAAAAAAUUUUUGGUUGGUUUUAGUCAUAUCCAUUAAACACAAGGUCUCUGACAAAACAAUAGAUAGGUCUUUUUUUUUUUUUCUAUAAAGCAAACAUUUUAUCUUUACACACUCACAUUCCUGUACACUAUCAGUUAUUAUGAAAGAGAAAGUUCCUUUACCACAAGUUAAGUUUUACAAAGCACGAAAAUAUAAUAUCGAAGACUAGGUGAUUUUAGUGAUUUUAUAUGCAUAUAUAUGUAUAUACAUAUAUAUAUAUAUAUAUAUAUAUGUAUUAGCGUAUAUAUAUGUAUAUACAUAUGUAUUUUAUUUCCAUUAUCAUAUCGUACAUAUAGGCUCACUUUUUGCGAACUUUACUUCCGGGUCCAAAAAUCCGAGCUAUACGGCCCUUCCGUGUGUGUUCACACUUUGCUACAUUCAAAAUCUCUAUUAGCAAAUUAGAAAAUUAUUUGAACAACAAUUCAGAAAUGAUGAAAGUAUCUAGCGACUAUAAAUAUACAUAUAAUACGUUUGAAAUUGCGUUGUAUUCGAUAGCACUCUCGAUGUGUAUUGAAAUUAUAUUCCUGCGCAAAAAAAAAAAAAAUACGUAAAUUAUAAAAUAAAUUGAAUAGGAUAUUAACACGCAGCGUACAAGAGAGGGAACUAAAUAGUAGAUUUGUUACAUUAAAUUGUAAUGUUACAUUUAAUUGUAAAUUCUUGACAUAAAUGUAUCUCUGCGUUUAUUUAAAAUCGUAUCAAAAAACAAAAUCUCCAAUCUAUACUAAUAGCGAUAAAAUUGUUGAGUUUGAACGAGAUAAAAGAGACGACAAAUCGCUUCUAUAUCGUGUCAUUUGGAUAUAUAUUUGUUUUAGAAAUUCAUCACACACACGCACGUAAAAAAGGUCAUGAAGAAUUCUUUAUCCCAACACUAUUGAUUGUCAUAUUUAUAUUAAAUUAGUGAUGAUGAAAAAAGGAAGCGUUCUCUUUUCUCGAUAUUGACAUAAAACUGACACAUCUAAGUAAAACAAACUUCAUUGAUUUGUUCAACAAACAUACCGCCGCGCGAGAUACUCUCACGUAUACACACUCUCACAUACACAUACUCGCACACACGUUAUCUUUGAUAUUGUAAAGUUUACAGUGUAAACAAUUGUACACACUUUCUAUUUGUAUAAAAAAAAAAAAACAAACAUUUCCCGUGCCAACUGUUUUGUAUCUAUUCAAUGUUGCAAGAUCUUGCAAGACCAGGAAUUUACAAAAAUAGAAUUCAAGCGAAGUAAUCAAUCGUAUAGUUUAGAAUUUUCGAGUUCUCGAAUUGCAAUCGUAACGUUAACUGGUUGUUUCGCAUAAAGUUUUGUAUAUUCCUGGUCUGAGUAAACAGAAAUGCGAGAAGAAAGAAAAAGAAAGUACUGAAUAGAAAACGCGAGGGAGUUUUAAACGAUAUAUAUAUAUAUAUAUAUAUAUAUGUAUGUAUACAUAUAUAUAUGUAUACAUACAUCACAGAACAUUUUGUUCUUCACGUAAUCGAGUUAAUAAAAAAAAAUAAAUAAAUAAAAAACUAUUGCUUUAUAGAUGAGAAAGUGCAUUGGCGUCCAAAAGUUAUAUACACAUACCUACUCUGUGGACUAAAAAUCAUCGGAGUUAUUAAAGUAACGCUACAUAUGCUUAAAACCGAAAAGAAAACUACAUAAAGCGCGGUUUCGCUGCCACUCAUAAUGUAAGAUUUGCUUGGCCUUCGGUCAGCAUAAUAACCGAGGACCAACCUAGCUUAUAUUUUUUACCAAUGUUUAAAAUAGCGUUUAAUAGACACGAUUAUUGAAAAACUGUAAUCUUUCAUUGUAGUUAGAAAAUGUUCUGUCAUCAAUAAUAAAUGGAAAAGAAAACAUUAACAACACAAUUCGCUCUGUGUAUGAUUUUCCGUGUUCGUAGAACUGUGCCGAAGAAGAAUGUUUUUAUUUGUUUUAUACAAAAUGUGUUUUUAAAGCAUGCGGCAAACUACUUCGAAGUGAAUUCU